AUGGGCCUUGCGAGCUUGGCUGCUGCCGUCCCUUAUGCCGGUACGACCAACAAGCGGUAUGUUGAGGAGCGCAAUGGGGUCACAUACAACGUCUUCAAGCGUGCCGGCGAGGCAUCUUCACUUUCCUACGUGAAGAACAGCGGUAUUUGUGAAACCACACCAGGUGUUGAUCAAUAUUCUGGCUAUCUGGACGUGGGAACCAACAUGCACAUGUGGUACUGGUUCUUUGCGGCCCGGAGCCAACCCUCGACCGCCCCUCUGGUUCUCUGGCUUAAUGAACACGGGCCUUGCCAUUUCGUCGAUGGCAGCAGCAAGCCCAGCCUUAACCAGUACUCGUGGAACACAUAUGCCAACAUGCUCUACGUGGAUCAGCCCAUCGGCACCGGCUUCAGUUACGGUGACGAUGAAGCUACCUCCACGGUGACCGCGGCGGCGUAUGUCUGGACGUUCCUCCAGAACUUCUACGCGGCGUUUCCAGAAUACGAGAACCGCGACUUUGGCCUCUGGACUGAGUCGUACGGCGGCCACUAUGGUCCCGAGUUUGCUGCCUAUUUCGAGGCUCAAAAUGCCAAGAUUGCUGCUGGUACCAUCACUGGCGAAAAGGUCAACUUGGUAGCACUGGGCAUCAACAACGGUUGGAUUGAUCCCGUGCUCCAGUAUCAGGCAUACCCGAUAUUCGCCUACAACAAUACUUACAAACAGCUCAUUUCUGCGAGUCAGUACCAAAGUUAUAUGAGCGCCUACACGAAGAAAUGUGUUCCUGCCCUGGCAUCAUGCACGGGUCUGACCGGCAACAACAACGCAUGCCUGAGUGGCGACAAUACCUGCCGUGCUGCCGUUGAGUCACCGAUCGAGAAUGCCAACGAUUUCAACGUCUACGACGUGCUCGAGCCCAGCAGCUCCCAGUCCACCGAUCCACCAGAGACGUACGUGGAUUACCUCCAAAGUCAGUCUGUGAUGACUGCCAUUGGUGCCCAAACGACCUACGGCGAGUGUCCAGACACACCGUACAACAAGAUGGUCGGCAGCGGCGAUGGUGUCAAUGUUCUGAUAUGGGCCGGUGACCUGGACUGGAUCUGUAACUGGUACGGAUCUCAGCUGGUCGUGAAUUCUAUCAACUAUACCGACAGCGCCGCAUUCCAGUCUGCCAAACUUGCCGAGUACACUGUGAACGGCCAGUCGCACGGUCAGUUCAAGACCGCUGGUAAUUUAAACUUCCUUCGUAUCUAUGAAGCCGGCCACGAAGUGCCUUAUUACCAACCAGCUGCUGCUCUGCAAGCUUUCACGCAGAUCAUGAAGGGCAAAGCGCUUUCGUCAACUUAA